AUGUUUGUCUCUCGAGCAAUAACAACAAGUCAUGCAGGUCACCGUUGUGCAUCAUCCGCGAAGUUCAUUAACACACGACGAGCAACACAAGAUCAACCGCAAAUACCAGACGUGGAAGAUGAACCACAUCCGAAGCGAAGUUUCGCUUGUGCUUUUGUAUCUUCGUUGUUCUGUCCGAUCCUAGGUAUCUUUGCGUUGUUUUAUUCAAUCCGCGCGUUACGAGCCUAUAGUCAAGGUUAUUAUGCUGAAGCAGCAGCGUACAAUAAACAAGCUACGCGAUGGUCGUUAAUAACAUUUAUUGUUGGUUUAACAAUCGAUGUUCAUUCGCAACUCUCGUGGUACUCAGGUUCACCAACCUAUUCAUCGUGGAAUAAUGGAGUACAACCAAACCAUGCUUCUGUUCGAGGAUAUCUUCUGAGCGAGGAUGCAGCUGUUUUACCAUAUGGAUCACAAAUAAUCGUUUCGAUCAAAGAUAUCUCUCUUCAGGAUGUAGCAGCAGUUGGUCCACUGAAUUCGUUUGUUUUGUAUGGGUCCUAUCGAUUUCCUAUUGCUUUUCAAAUCCCAUAUUCAAUUGCACAAAUUCAACAAGAUCCAAGCGGCUAUCGACAAUACGCUCUUCAAGCGCGCAUUGAACGAAACGGGCAACUGCUCUACAUUAAUGACCAACAAAUUCCAGUUCAAUUGAUUCCUAUCCCUAAUCCAAUCAAUAUCAUGAUGAAAAAGGUCGGCGGAUCAAUUUAUCCUGGUAAAGAUGCACGAAUAUUUCAUUCUUCUGUAUUAUUCUAUGACCUAGGAGGUACAGUCAAUCCAACAGCAUUGCCACCAGUGAGCGGUAUUUACGUUUGCCAAUUACGACCAGAUCCAGGUCUUUGCUACGGAAGUUUCGAAAGAUACUAUUUCAAUACACAGCUACGAGCGUGUCAGACGUUUAACUAUGGUGGUUGUGGUGGCAAUCAAAAUCGAUUCUUAUCUCGUGACGAAUGCGAGCGCGCAUGUUUCACCUAUCGUCGACGAUUGAUGCAUAGCAAUGCUAAACAAGCACCUAUUGGUUAA